UUUUAUGUACACCAUCACUAUAUAUAAGUCAUGUAAAGCCUCCUCUUUUUUUUUUUUUUUCUUUUACUUUGAUCAACUUAAACCUCUUUCACCAACAUGAAUUGUGCUGAAGUUGUUGAACUACUCCAUUUUUAAUCAAAGUUCCUGAAUUCGAGUUCUGAGUAUAAAGAAAAUUCUGUUGGAAGCAUCACCCCCAGAAUGACCCCUGUUAGCACGAUCCGAAUUAGUCCGGGCUCCAAUGCAAUGCGCGAUCCGAAUUAGUCGAAGCUCCAAUGCAGGUACCGGACACCUAAUGAAAAGCCCCAGAAAAAAAAAAAAAGAAAAAAAAAAAAAAAAAACUUCCACUAUCUCCCCUCACCAAACUUUACUUCAAAAACCCUCUUUUUAGUUACCACUGUAAACUCUCAAACUACAAUAUAUUUUCCUACAAAUUCCUCCACCAUUUUUUCACACUUUCAAGAACUUCAAAACCUCACCAAAAAUCCUAAAACAAACAAACAAAAAAAAGGAUGGAGAAUGAGAAAGAUUUGCCACCACUAGUAGUACAACAAAGUCAAUCUUCUUCAUUAUAUUCAUCAUCAUCUUCAAGUAAUAACACACAUAGAUCUAUAGAGACAUUGUUAGUAGUACUAGCAGUAAUAACAAUACUUGGUGUUAUUGCUGGUAUUAUUGCUAGACUUUGUGGUGGUAGACAUUUUAGUAGUAAUGGUGAAGAUGAUAUUGAAGGUUGGGUUGAAAGAAAAUGUAGAAAUUGUAUUGAUGGUGGGGUCCCUAAUAAUACUUCACCAUCACAACUAUCACCACCAGCACAAGACGAAGUUAAAACAACAACAGAAGAAGAAGCAAAGAAAUAAACGACAACAACAUAUUCAGUGUACUUAAACUCUAUUCUGUAGAGACAGAGGUAAAGUGUUCGUAUAUUACUGUCUCGAGAUUCCACUUGUGAGAUGAUGAUUGAAGGUUGAGUUGAAAGGAAAAUGUAGAAAUUGUAUUGAU